AUGGGUCGGAGCCAAUCGGGGAAGUGCCGGCGAUUUGAUGGCAACGAAGCUGUUCUUCACUCCAAACGCCGUCGUUUCAUGGAGCUGAGGUUUCGGUGCAACCGAUGUGCCGAGGUUCCUUCACUCCGAAGAUUUAAGCUGAAUUUCCCUGCCUUUGUGAAGGUUCUGCUAUUUUUGCUGCUUUUGGAAGCUGCAUUUGCAACGGCCGAAGUUUUUAGACUGCAAAGGCCGAGAGCCGAACUGAGCAAAGAUAAUAUAGUCAAACAUUCUUGCAUUCACGAGCAGAUUAUUGAACACAGAAAAAGACCAGGGCGAAAGGUGUUCACCGUGUCUACUCAGGUCUAUGUUGAACCUGAUGUUCAGAAGACCAUCCAAAGUAAAGGAAGGGCUUUGCUUAGUGUGCCUGAAUUAUCAAGAAAUGAAGUUGAUGCCAAGAAACCCAUUAGGAUUUAUUUAAAUUACGACGCUGUUGGCCACUCGUCUGAUAGGGACUGCAGGAAUGUGGGGGACAUAGUGAAGCUGGGCGAGCCAAAUGAUGCUUCCUUUUCUGGUGGUCCUUCGUGUGACCCACAUGGGGAGCCUCCGAUUUAUGGUGAUUGUUGGUAUAAUUGUACAGUAGAUGAUGUAGCUGGGGAGGACAAAAAGUACCGUCUUCGCAAGGCUCUGGGACAGACGGCAGAAUGGUUCAGGAGAGCCUUAUCUGUUGAGCCCGUAAAGGGCAAUUUGCGGCUCAGUGGAUAUUCUGCCUGUGGUCAGGAUGGAGGUGUCCAGCUUCCCAGGGAAUAUGUCGAAGAGGGUGUUGCUGAUGCGGAUUUAGUUCUUUUGGUCACAACAAGACCAACCACUGGAAACACUCUGGCAUGGGCCGUGGCAUGCGAACGGGACCAGUGGGGUCGUGCUAUUGCUGGUCAUGUAAAUGUUGCACCUCGGCACUUAACUGCUGAAGCAGAAACUUUGCUUUCUGCCACGCUGAUUCAUGAGGUUAUGCAUGUUCUUGGAUUUGAUCCUCAUGCUUUUGCUCAUUUCCGGGAUGAGAGAAAAAGAAGGCGCACUCGGGUAAGUAUUGCUUUCUCUGAGAAUUUCACUGGUUUGGAGCUCGAAGAUGGCGGUGGGCGUGGCACAUCCGGAUCCCACUGGGAGAAGAGACUCUUGAUGAAUGAGAUCAUGACAGGCUCGGUUGACACGAGAUCAGUAGUUUCUAGAAUGACACUUGCUCUGCUUGAAGAUAGCGGGUGGUAUCGAGCUAAUUACAGCAUGGCUGACCAUCUUGAGUGGGGCCGUAAUCAGGGGACUGAAUUCGUCACGUCUCCUUGCAACCAAUGGAAAGGAGCUUACCAUUGCAACUCGACUCAGUUUUCCGGGUGUACGUAUAAUAGGGAGGCUGAGGGCUACUGCCCUAUAGUGAGCUACAGUGGAGAUCUUCCUCAGUGGGCCCAAUAUUUUCCGCAGCCUAACAAAGGUGGGCAGUCAUCAUUGGCUGAUUACUGCACUUAUUUUCUGGCCUAUUCUGAUGGUUCAUGCACGGACAUUAAUAGUGCUAGGGCACCCGACAGGAUGCUAGGUGAAGUACGAGGAAGUGAUUCAAGGUGCAUGGCUUCAUCAUUAGUACGUAGCGGGUUUGUAAGAGGAUCUACUACGCAAGGGAAUGGUUGUUAUCAGCACAAGUGUCUAAACAACUCGCUUGAGGUUGCUGUGGAUGGCAUCUGGAAAAUCUGUCCUGAAGCUGGUGGGCCCAUUGAAUUUCCUGGUUUUAACGGUGAGUUGAUUUGUCCUGCCUACCACGAACUCUGCAAUGUGGGCCCACUUUCUUCAUCUGGUCAAUGCCUUAAUUCGUGCCAGUUUAAUGGUGAUUGCAUUAACGGGAAAUGCUACUGCUUUUUAGGGUUCAAGGGCGAAGACUGUAGCAAGCGUUCUUGCCCGAACAACUGUAGUGGCCACGGAAAGUGCCUCGAAGAUGGUGUUUGUGGCUGUGAAAAUGGAUACACUGGCAUCGACUGCUCAACAGCCGUUUGUGAUGAGCAGUGUAGCCUACACGGGGGUGUGUGCGACAAUGGGGUUUGUGAGUUCCGGUGCUCGGACUAUGCCGGAUACAGCUGCCUCAACACCUCGACAGCUAUCCUUCCGUCACUCUCUGUCUGCCGGGAAGUCCUCCCGGCUGCCGGAAAACACUGUGCUCCGGCAGACCCCAGCAUUCUCCAGCAGCUCGAACGGGUCGUCGUUAUGCCAAACUACCACCGUCUCUUCCCAGCCGGGCCCCGCAAGUUCCUCACGUAUUUCCUCGGCAGAGGCGUCAGGCGGGACUGCGAUCGAGCCGCAAAGCGGCUUGCAUGCUGGAUAUCCAUCCAAAAGUGCGACAAGGAUGGGGAUAACAGGAUACGAGUGUGCCACUCGGCAUGCCAAUCGUACAACUCAGCAUGUGGGGCCUCCCUUGAUUGCUCGGACCAAACCCUGUUUAGCAAUGAUGACGAGGCCCAAGGACUGUGUACGGGCUGGGCCGAUUUCACCUUUUCCGUCUACACAGACACCAUGAUUAAGUUGUUUAAAGUCAAGGAAAAGCAGAGAGAACUUGCUGAAAGUGCUAACGGAAAGCCUUUGGGCAAGAAGCAAAGUGCUGGAGAAUUGCGUCUUCAGAAAGAUAUUACUGAAUUGAAUCUGCCGAAAACAUGUAGCAUAUCAUUCCCUAAUGGCAAGGAUGACCUCAUGAAUUUUGAAGUUACCAUUCGCCCUGAUGAGGGAUAUUAUCUGGGUGGAACAUUUGUUUUCUCAUUCCAAAUCUCUCCCUUAUAUCCUCAUGAUGCUCCAAAGGUGAAAUGCAAGACAAAGGUCUACCAUCCCAAUAUCGACUUGGAAGGAAAUGUCUGCCUAAACAUCCUCAGGGAAGACUGGAAACCGGUGCUGAACAUAAACACCAUCAUCUAUGGACUCUAUCACCUUUUUACGGAACCGAACCACGAGGAUCCUCUCAAUCAUGAUGCUGCUGCAGUACUGAGAGAUAACCCAAAAAUGUUCGAAUCGAACGUCAGGAGAGCUAUGACUGGUGGCUAUGUGGGCCAGACUUACUUCUCACGCUGCAUAUAG